GUCUCAAAAAAAUUAUUAUCAUACUAAGUCCCUCCAAAAAAAAAUGGCUUCUGGAGGCUCUGUUAUCGCUUUCAAGUAUGAUGGAGGGGUCCUUCUCGCCUCGGAUACGCUGCUUUCCUAUGGUUCACUCGCCAAGUGGCCUAAUAUCCCUCGUAUCAAGAUUAUCGGAUCCUACUCCGCGAUUUGCGGUACCGGCGACUACGCUGACUUUCAGUAUAUGUCGUCCCUAGUCGAGAACAAUAUUAUACGUAAGCAAAUGUAUUCCAAUGUGGAUGAACUUGGCCCGAGCGAGAUCUUUUCCUUUUUGCACCGCAAAAUAUAUGAAAAGCGCUGCGAUUUCGAGCCCUGUUUAUGUCAUUUUGUGUUUAUUGGCUGCCGUGAUGGUGAAACGUUUUUGGGUGGCGUUGAUGACGUAGGAACAAGGUGGACGGAUGAUUGCGUGGCGAUGGGUUACGGCGCGCAUCUCGCGAUUCCGCUCAUCCGUGACGCGCUUGAAAAAAAUCCAAACGGCUUGCCAAGAGAAAAAGCGGUGGAACUGAUGAAGGAUUGUCUUCGCAUCGUCUUUUAUCGAGAGUGCCGAUCUAUCAACAAGUUUCAGAUAGCGGAUGCUACAAAUGAUUCUGUUUCAAUCAGCGAGCCAUUUAGUGUGGAUACAAAUUGGGAUUUUGAAGGCUUCUCCUUUGCAAAGACUGCCAUUAUUUCUUAGAGCUUUGGGGAAAAAAAUGUGAAAAGAGAGAAACGUCUUAACGCAAGGAACUGGGGUCGAGCAGAGCUCAUGUUCAGGAUAAAUACAACACUAUUAUGAGACUGUUUCUGAUAAAUGAUAAGAGAUAAGUGUAUUUGAUGCUGCGCGGGUUUAAGUAAGGGAACAUAUAAAAAGGAAGCCAUAUAUUCAAUCUGUUCAUCGCAUUUUUGAUCAAGCUAUGUUAUCUUGUUUGUUUUGUUGUGAGUAAA